AUGUUUAAGAAAGCUUACGAGCUUUCGACUCUGUGCGACAUCAAAGUCUGGGUUCUCUAUUACGGGCGUGACGGAGAACUCAUCAAGACAUGUCCCGAGAACAAAACCAAAGUGAGAGACAUGACCGAGAGGUUUAGCCAAUUAACCGACAUCGAGAAACGCAAGAAAAGCUCCAACCUUUCAGAGUUUCUAGCCAAGAAGAUGAGCAAAGAUAAGAAGGAUGAUUUCAACAAAUUCACACAAAAACUCUUAGAGAUGAAAUAUUCUUUGGAACGGUGUUUACCGAUACUACAAGAGCAAUCAACAAUGAACAGAACCAUCGUUGAAUCCUCUCAGUGUGAGCUACCACCGAUACUACAAGAUCAGCUUCCUCCACAUGAGGAGGUUUCAUCCGAUUAUGGUAUUCCUCAACCAUUGAUCAAUUCAUCAACGUCGCCAGUUGUCGAUCCCCCUCAUCACCAAUGGACAGAGCCAUUAGUACGUUUGAUGUCGUCAAUGAAUCAUCAUCAUGAUCACAAAAAGUUCUCAAUCUUUCUGUAUAACCAUGAAAACGGCAAUUUCACUCAAUUGGCUUCAAGUUUUGACCAAUCGUUUAAGAAUCUGAGUAGUACGGAUUUACUUGGGGCACAUGGAUUUGGUGGCUGGAACAACAACAACAACAUUAUCGAUCUUCCUCCACCUCCCAUGCAUAUAAGCUUUGAUCAAUCGACAUUUCCAUUUAGCAAUCUGAUGAGUCAAGGAUUUGAUGGCUGCAAUAACUACUUUGUUGAUCUUCCUCCACCUUUGAUGAUGAUGCAGACAUUUCCUUCUUCUUACUAUUGA